UAACGCAAGAAGAGACCUCAGCUAUACAUAAUUUCCGUAAAUGACGCAUGCGUAUUUUGUGAAAACUGCAAAUCAGAAUUAGUUCAACGGAAUCCCAGCUAGUGGAAGUGAGCGCGGGGUUGCAAGGAGAAAAUUUUCUCAUCAAGUGUUUAAUAAAUCUGUCACAUUACGGUCGGGACGAGAGGAUAAUACCGCGAGGCGAGGCGUUAAAAACAUGGCUAAGCCCGAGCAGAUUUUAAUUAUCGAGCCACAGGGCGAGCUGCGGUUCAGGGGACCUUUUACAUCUCCGGUCACAACGUAUAUGAAACUGACCAAUCCGUCGGACCACAAAGUGUAUUUUAAAAUAAAGACGACUGCCCCUAAGAAGUACUGCGUCCGGCCCAAUUCUGGCGCCCUAAAGCCUAAGGGUGUCACUCAAAUAGCAGUAUGCUUACAACCAUUUGACUUUGUUCCUGGCGAGAAAAAUAAACACAAGUUUAUGGUUCAAACUAUGAUAGCUCCUGAGGAUGACGACGAAGAUUUUGUCAACGAGUCGUUGUGGAAGGACAUAAAUCCAGAUCAGUUAAUGGACUUCAAACUGAAGUGUGUCUUCGAAAAUCCAGUAAGCAAUACCACAGCUGAGAGCAGCGAUGGUGUGGAUGAUGAUAAAAACAAGGGGAUCGGCGAUUCUGUCAAAUCAUCUCCCAAGCCACAUGGAAAGAUGGAGGAAGAACUAAUGAAAGCGGCACUCGAAGUAAAGCAACUCAGGGAGGAAGAGAGCAACCUUAGGCAGGAAAACCUUCAGCUGAAGGAAGAGCUUAUAAGAUUGCGGCAUGCUGCAUCGGGCACAGCGACUAUUACAAGUGGAAAUAUGGCAGCGCUUGCGGGACUGACAGCGAACAGUGGCGACAAGUUAAAUCCAACUAAAAUUCCUACCAGUGUACUCAUCGCCAUUGCCAUGGUGGUAGUCGGAUACUUGCUGGGGAAGUUAAUCUGAGCACAUCUGCCUUGCCGAUAACUCCAGCCCCCCUCCUCCCCCCUGCCCCUCCCCCAUACCCAAAAAUUUUCAUGGCUGAACCGCUGCGUGGUUCAUUGCCAUUAGCACGAAGCGUAAACGUCUCAAGUUGUCCUGUUAAUUAAUUGUUCAGUGAAAAACGAAAAGAAAGAAAAAAAAAAAAUUUGAAACCAAAUUCUAUCGUGGUUUACAUUAAUC